AUGGAAUUACACACCCUUGCUGACAAGAACGCCACAUGUAACGACGGUACUACGGCAGGGUAAGUGAGAGAUAACAUAUUAAAACUCCUCAUUUACUAGAAUGCUCACUAGUCAGCGGCAAAUUUUUCACCCGAACAGUUGGCCUAAGAAGAAUCGCCCGCACCAGACAAAACUAUUGAAGAGCUAGCUUUUAGAUGAAUAGUCACACUUGGGGAGAGAACCUAAAGCUAGUACUUCGUUAAUUGUCUAGUUAACUGACUCUCGGAGUGUGAGAUUUGACCUUUUCUAUGUCCUGUAAGUCAACCCUCCGCCUCCUGUGUGUUCGUUAUGUUUGACCUGUUUCAUCAAAUUAGCCGAACAGAGCUUUUCUUGGCAUGAUUCGUUUUUCACCUUUUUUCACUACCAAAUGUUUCAUGAAAUUUGCAGUAUUUGUUCUCUUUCACUCGUGUCCGUACCUAGUCUUGCAUUGUUGUUAUCGACGUAUCAACAGUGACGUUAUAAAACAUUGUUUCCUUAUAAGACCUUUUCGUUUAAAAAGUAGCGACUUAUCAGAACUUUUAUAAAAAUCGUAUCACGCACGAGGAGAAUCGUCUAGCACCCCUGAAAGGGUUUUAAGAAUCACAUGACUGGGUUCGCAAAGAGAUUUAAGAAAGAGAUGUUUCAUGUUUAUGUACCAAAAAAACCGUCUUUGAUCUUUACCCCGUUCUGGGGGGCAGUGCUUUCGGGCAAUUUAAAGGUUCUAUUCGUUCACUCAUGCUGCAAUAAUGAGAUUAAAUUGAAUGAGCCCGCUCUCAGUAGUCUAUUUUUGGACGUAAGUUUUUUUUACAACUAGGAAUUACAUUGCGCAUUCGUCUGUAAAUUGUUACUAAACUUUACUUCGUCGAGUUUCAAUAAUUGGUAGUUAAUUAUCUCAAACUACUUGUGAAGACAGUUUGGUGCCUCAGUUGUCUUUUUUUUAAAGAUGUCAUUUCAAUCAGUUAUUUAACCUGCUUUGUUUUUGUUAUUUUUUGGAGAAAGUUUUACUUUCCCUUUCGAAUUCUUCCCUUCUUUUGUGCUCAACGUUUGCAUUCAUUUAACGACUUCCUGUUUAACGUUUAACCGGACGACAAAAAAUUACUUACAGAUAUAAAGCAAGUUGUCCAACAAAUGUUAUGAAGCCUCCAACGAAAGCGCUUUUUUCAGCAGAUUCGUAGUAAAUUAAUGCACGUUUAUGCUUUUUAGUCUAUUUUCCACACUUGAUGAAUAGCACUAGUUGUUCAGUUCAUCGAUAAGCUCAUUCGCUUUAAGUUAUUCGCGUUUGUGCUAUUGACAACGAGUUAACGGAAAUUCGCUGAUAUCUCACGCUAUCUCCCGUCUUCGAUUUGUAUUACGAUGAAACGAUUGUCAAAGAAUUUAUCGUCCUAAAUUAACGGUUAAAAGUUUUUAAGUAAACGAUUUAAACGUUUGUUUGAUUAAGCAAAUAGAAUAAUUGAUUUACUAGUUCAGCAAAUUAUAAACUUAUUUUUUAUAUCAUCCCUAUUUUCAUCCCCUAGGAUUUUCUGAUUUAAUUUUUCACAUUUCACUCCCCAGGUUAGGCUAUUUUUCGUAAAAAAAGAAACCUCAAAUUUUAGAUUCAAAAAUGCGUCGGAGACUGAGAAGAAUUAGAAAAAUUUUCAUUUUCGUAAAACGUUAACUUGCAUCUAGAAUUUUCGGGAAAAUAGUACUGAAGCCCUUAAAAUUUCGAAAGGACUGAAGUUGUCCUAGGAAGAUCGAACAGUGACAAAUUUUAUAGCGCCGGUUAGAACGUAUUUCUAGAGACCUAAAAGUACUCUGGAUAGCCUGAACAAUGUUUUCAAUGUAUUUAAGAGGAAACCGUCCUUGGGUGCCCCGGUCAUCUAAAAGUUUCUUAUUGUUCCGUAGUCACGAAACUUUGCUUCGCCUUCGAAAGCCGGGGAAAGUUUCCACAUGUUGUUUAGUAAAAGGAAGAUUAACCAGAGCGUGUGUUUUAUUUUGAUAAGAUGUUUAUCCCGGUUCUGGAGGAACCGCAAAAUUUCUCAUAGGCUUGUGGUGCCAGCUUUGGUCUUUGCCAAAUGAUAAGGAGUGGUGGUUUUGAUAAGUGAAAACUCCCAUCUGCAGAGAAUCUAACGCUAAGUAGAAAUAAUUAUUAUGUAAUGGAUUCCUGGUUUGGUAAAACGUAUAAAGAAGGACCGCAACAUCGUUGAUUGUUCCUUUCGAUCUUCAUCCAUUAAAAAAGAUCACUAGAAAUUAACUCCGUAAUAAAAUUCACACAAAGGAGUGAUGGAGGUUAUUUUAACGAACUUGUCUUUUCCGUGCAAACGAGUCAAGUUUUUCCUUCGCAAAUAUGUUUGAAUUGGAAAACGUUUAUCAAUUUGAUUAUCUUUUCAUAACAAGUAGCAAAACGUCGUUUUUGUGUUAGAAUAAUUAAAAAGAUUAUUAUCAGGCUACAAGGUUUAUGUCGUUAAUAUCCUCAAUUAUUGCUGAGAAAGAUUUUACGCUGAUUAGGUCAUUUUAUCGCUUAUUUCAGGUUUCCUCUGUGUGCCAGUUUGUCCCUGGCUUAGCUCCCUGCUAGUAAAUACGUACUAAACGUCUUCCUUGUAUUAACUUCUGACGUUUUUGCCAAACAUUUUAGGUAUUAUUUGAGAAAAGCUAAUGGAAGUAAAAGAUGGAUCGUCUAUUUGGAAGGUAGGGAAAAUCACGACUAUACUCUUAUACUUUUAAAACUUGAAACUUGGCUCCAACCCCACCCCGGGGCUCCAACAUAACUCUUUAACUGUUUCAUCUUUAUCGGAAGCAUAAGACCAUGCAACACCCGCAGAUAAUUAAAACGAGUCACCGAGAUUCUGGAUGUUGCUUGUGGCCAUAAUUGCGUCACAGCUUUAAAUACAGCUUUGGUGUUCAAGUCUGCGGGGUUGUGUUUUUUGGUUGUUACACUAAGUAUACUGUAUUUGCAAAAGUAAUACAAACUCUUUCAAAGUAAUAAAAACAAGAAAGUGUGUAUAAAUUAGAAGAAUUUAUUCACCGGUUGAAGACAAGGCCGAAAAAGUCAAUGAAUGUUACAUUAGACAAAAACCUGCAAAUUCCAUUUUCGAUCGUUUUUUUUUUUCCUCGCUUGAGCUGCAAGUACCAGUACACGAGACUAGUAGCGGAUCCACACAUUUUCAUAAGGAAGGAAAUGUCCGUAUCUUUUUAUCCUAUUUAGACUUUAAAAAGGUAUGGACAAAAGCAAGAAUGUCCCUAAAUACGAUUACGUAAAUCUUUUGUCUGAAAAAAAAAAGAGAAAUGUCAAUUGUCAAAGCGGAACUUUAUAAUAAUAACAUCACGUAAAAUAUUUCGUUAGUUAUAAUUAAAUAUCACGCAACGAUCAAGAAGGAAGUUCGUAUUCUUCCGAUCUGCUCGGGUGAUCUGCUACCCUGAGACCAGCCUGAAAUUUUGGAGAGUUCCUUCCGUAAUGUGCUAACGUAUUAGUAGUUUUUUCAUGCAACUUAAAAGUGUUAUAUAUAUAUAUAUAUAUAUAUAUAUAUAUAUAUAUAUAAUUUUUUCCCUUUUUUAAUCUUUACCAUCCAUAAUGGGGUGUUGCCCUCCAAUCCCUAACAGCAAAACGCAUUGCUUUUGAUUCUACAGUAGACUUGGUCUUAAAAAGGAACUUUUUGAGCAUUAGUAGAUUGCUCUUAUGAAGGUCAAUGUAAUAGUUUAAAAACCGAUUAGUGCAAUGGCCUAUGGGGUUAAACUAACAAAAACCAAAAACGAAACUAGGCUAUGCAAAUGUAUUAUGAUGCAACCCUAACAUUUUAAACCGAGUUUGGAUUUCGCUCGUUCGUUUUUUGCUCCACAACGGAAUAAACGAAAAGCACCAAAAAGUUCUCCUCGAACGCAUGAUAACGUCUGACCGCGGACGGUGUUUUUUCUUCUUGUUCUUUUUUUUCUUUUUUGUUUUUUGCGUCUUGUUGCCCCCGCUUUGGGGGGCUAAGUUGCCAAAAUGUCAUUUAACAAUGUUUGUAUAGACUCACAAGAAUAGCCCUAUACACUAGAAAGAUUUUCACUUCAAGAAAGUGCUACUUACGAGCCCUCAUUAAUUAACACCUACAGACCUCACGGAGAAUUACGUUAAUGCUGUCUGAUUCCGUCAGGAAAAUACGGGUUAAAUACACAAAUUAUUCUGAGCUUGCAGGUUUCCAAUUGUCAUAAGUGGUGUGCGCCUAAGCACGAGUUUUUCUCCCAUCAACGUGAUAUCAGGAAAUAACUUUUAGGCGCGGCUCUUGGCCAGGUAUGAAAGGGAAAAUAUUUUCCUACGCGUUAUCGUAACGCGUAAAUUUUUUUGGUUGUUUUUGGCGCGUUUUUUACCCAGGUAACGGAUCAUUGUUUCGUUACUUUACCCAUUUGGCUUACACCUCACUCAGGGUUACCUUAAUGCUGUCUGAUUCUGCCAGGAAAAUACGGGUUAAAUAUACAACCUUCCUAUUGUCAUAAGUGGUGUACGCCCUAGCACAACAACUUUAUUCUUUGUACACAAAUACAAAAGUUGGAUAGUUUGCCCCGCCAAAAGCUGAAAACUAGUCGUGGCGGGGCAAGACAAGUACAUGAAUGACACAAUUAUCUAGCAAAAACAAAAACCUUAAACUAUUAGAAAGCUUUGCAGAUUGCGACGUAAAAUAAAUAAAACACCGGAGUUGAGUGAUUUAAUUAACACAGCGCUUACUGACGUACAGUGCAUUAAGACAAGGAGUCACUGACUCUUAAAUGAUAACGCAGAAAAAGAAAAGUAGACAUAAAAACCUCAGCAAGUGUAUCCAUGUACCUACUUUUGAAUAUAGUCAUCCUCCCUCUCUAAGAUAUCAAAUAGCAAUUUGCGGAGAACUCUUUUGAAAGCUUUCUUUCGAGGAUCCGUUAUAUAGCGUGUUAUCUUAUUCCACAGCUUUACUCCGAGCCAAGAAAAAGAAUUGUUUUGCGUUUCUAGUCUAGAGCAUUUAACAUAGAACUUUCCAGAAGUAGACGAUCGUGUAUUGUGUGAGUGAAUAUUAGACGUUUUCUGAAAUAAAUUUAACAUGUUUGCUGGGGCUUUAUCAUUAUUGAUAUCGUGCAUUAAGGUUGAUACGGACUCAUAAUAGAGAAAAGUUGUUGGAAACACGUUAUCUUCGGGAAAUAAAGGAAUUGCAUGGUUAUGCCAGUCUGCGAAGUACAGAAAACGAAGAGCUCUUUUCUGAAGAAUUAGAAUUUUAUUCAGACAAGUCUUGCAUGCCUGCCCUCAAGCAGCAAGACCAUAGGUUAAAUAAGGAUGAAUUAGUGACUUACAGAUAUUCAGUAAUGUUGGUCGAGGUACAGAGAGGUGUACGAAGCUUUGCAAUUAGCCCGACAGUUUUAGUAAUUUUUAUAACAAUCAAUGUGGUAUUUCCAAGAGAGAUUUUGAUCAAUAAGAACGCCCAGGUAUUCUAUGUAAACUUUAGACUCGAGACGAACAUAUUUAUUCUUUUCAUUAUCAAACAUGCAAAGUUUUGGUUGGUAAGCAAGUCGCUUUUGGUGAGGAUGAAAAAUUACAAAGUUGGAUUUAUUAAAGUUAAGAGUUAGUUUGUUGGCUGUCAACCAGUUAUAAAGGUUUUGUAGCUCAUUAUUGACUACUGUCUCAAGAUCUUUCAGAUUUUUGUUCGCAUAGAGAAUGUUAGUGUCGUUUGCAAAGAGGUAAAACCUAAAUUUAUUCUAGCAUCUGUGGAUAUCAUUGACAUACAGCAAGAAAAGCAAUGGUCCAAGAAUUGAUCUUUGAGGAACACCACAUGCAACGACGGCUUUAUCUGAUAUAUGAUGGCCUACUUGAGUUGUUUGCGUGCGACUUUUGAGAUAUGAGGAGAAUCAAUCAUUAAAUUAUUCCAAGAAAACCAUAGUGAUUGAGCUUAUCAAGCAAAAUGUCGUGAUCGACGGUGUCGCAGGCUUUUUUAAGAUCAAUGAGCACUCCACAAGAUAGCAAUCUCUGAUUUCAUGUUUGUUUUUAUAUCAAUAGCAAUGUCCAUUAUUGCGUGUUUGGCUGAAUGCCCCUUACGAAAGCCAUAUUGUGAGGAAUACAAAAGUUCGUGUUUCUUUAUAUAGGUCGUCAAUCUGUUGUAAAUUAUUUUCUCAAAUACUCUAUUAAAAUUUGAAAGUAAAGAGAUCGGUAUGUAGUUUUUUGCGUCCGUGUUAUCGUCACUCUUAAAUACUGGAGUAAUUUCAGCAAUUUUGAGCUUUGAUGGAUAAGUCCCUAAUCUGAUCGAUGUAUUUAGCAUCUCUGUAAGAACAGGAGCUAUGACGGCACUUGAACGUUUGAGUAGUUUGGUAGGUGAGGAGUAUAAACCAUCACGAUAAGAUUUAUCAUUCGGUAUAAGUAAUAUUUCUGACCGUAAUUCUUCGGGUAAAACGGGUCGAAAAAGGAAGGAUGAAAUUGAAGAUUUGCACUCAUCAACAUGGUCUAGAUGAUGUUUUUGGGGAAUGGGCAGCUUGUUAGCAAGCCUGUUUCCGACUGUUGCAAAGUGCCAUUAAUAAUGUUAGGUACCCGCGAACCAUCCUUAACAAUUUUGUUGCGAUUAUUAAAAUCCUUUAGGCAGAUAUGACUUUUAAGUUUUUUUUCCGUCGAUGUUAAAGCUCAUUGAUUCCCUGCCAGUUUUUUUCAUGUUGGCCAUAUUAUUUUCGAAAAACGUAUCAUAGUAUCUCCUUUUACUUAAGCGUAUCAGGGUACAAAUUUUACUUUUAUAGUGCUUGUACCUAACUUCGUCUCCAGAUGCAUAUAAUUUACUUUUAACCUUAAUAGCCGCCUUAAUUCCAUUAGUUAUCCGGGGUUUAGAUAGCCUCUUUUGCUUUGCGAUUAGAUAAUUUUUUCUUGGGGACUUGUUUGUCAACAAUUGAAUUUUAUUUGUUGUAAAACGAUGAAAACAAUUUGUUCACACAAUUUGUUCCUUUUUCAAUUAUUCGAUUCCAGUCCGGCAGCUUCAGACAGCUCAUCGUUAAAGCGAUCAGCAGAGAAUCUUGAAUAGUCACGUAUUUUUAUAUUUUUAACUCGUUGAAGUUUAUCUUUCGCUGACGUUGUGAUACAGAACUGCGAAAAAUGAUCACUAAUAUCAGAAAUAAUGUCUCCGCUAGCGAGGAGUUGGUCAUGAUUGUUAACAAAGGUGUCAUCAAUCAACGUAGCAGAAGUUCUAUGAACGCUUGUCGAUUUGUCCACGGCUGGAAAAAGAUAACAGCUUGAAGAGAGAGUGAAAAAAACCUGGCUUAUUUGAGAUGAUUCACACUUGAGCAGAUCUAUAUUAAAAUCACCCAUGAUGUAAACGUCCUUGUCAUCGGACACUAUUUUUUGGAUUGUCUUAUCUACAUACGUUAGGAAAUAAUCGGGCGAAUUGUGCUGACGAUGAAUUACUCCACAAACGAUGUUUUUAUGGUUGGCAAAAGCGAUUUCAACCCAGACGGCUCGGAAUGCAUCAUUUGAAGUUUUUUCAAGAACAUUGUAGUUUAGUGAUUGAUCAACAAAGAGGGCAGUGCCCCCAGAGGCCAGUGGUGUUGGCACAUGCUCAAAAACAUAACCUUGAAUGCUCGGAUGGGCGUUGCUCUCAUUAGAAUUUGUAAUUUUUGUUUCCGAGAUACCAAUAACAUCAAAGUGGAAAUCAAAAUCGUCUAAUAACAAUUCUACAUUUUCUAGAUUGCGGUGGAUACUCACAAUAUUGUUAUGAAAGAUGGAAAAACUAGACUCAACCGUGUUUUCAGUGAGGUUUUCCUUAAGCAUUUUGAAGCUAUGCGGGGAAAAGUAUCGGCUUUGGAUGCGCUGAUUAGGGAGUUUAUACUCAGUAUUCAAAUAAGCAUCCUGAUUAGAGUUAAGACUAAAAAUAUCUAAGUCGUAUACACUGUUUGAUUUAUCUAAAUUUCGCCUUGGCCACCUGUCAACAGAGAUCGAGUUUUAAAACUGCCCAUGAUAGAGAGCCAGGUUACCCCUAAAGUUAAAGUAAGGUAGCUCACGCAAUAAUAAUUUAUUAGCGCUUUCUUCCGGUUUAUUUCUACGCAACUUUAUUUAGCUUGUUUCUAAUGAUCGUAUAAUCUAAACAAGAGUACUUAGCUCAACUCUGCGAUCCCACUCCUUGCAGGUCUUCUAAACUAGUCAGUUUUACUGUGGUUGAGGUAUCCGACUUCCGCAAAUAAACGAAUCCGUUCUUCGCCUAACAGUAUUUGUAGCUAUUCGCAUCCUUGAGUCUUUUGCUGUCAAAUAGUAGCUCUUGCAGCCUUGGUGUAAGAUGAUCAUAUAGGUUGAUGUGGCUUACAUCUACCGCGUCACUGAAGUCCAAAUCUUCUGCAUGUAGGUUAGACACUCCUCUCCUGGCUGCCAUGACUUUCUCUCUGGCUAACCUACACACGAAUUUACAAAUGUUGGCGUUGGGUGUGUUGGAAGCCACGCGGGAUGGCCCCCGAUCUGCAGUGUCGAUGCCACUCAAUGAUACUUCCUCAAGUCCCUAAGCAGGGAAAAGCGUCAUACAGGGAUCGGCUGUUUGUUGUGAUGUUUCACGUUCGGCUACAGUUGGUGAACCACGAUUUUAAUGUUGAAUUGAUAACUGUAUGCUUCUGAGGCUAGAUUUCCUAAUAUGAUCGCACAGAAUUGAUAUUUCGUUAACUCGUGAGACGAGUACCUGAAUUUGCCUCUCAGCUUCCACUUUGAAGCGGAUGAAGUUGUCAUAUUGGCUUGACGUAAAUUCAAUUGAACGCCCUUUCCUGGUGACAAUUCCCGUUCGGCGUGUCUGCCAUGUUGAUUCUUUGACAGCUCGUCGAUAACUUUCAGUAGUUUCUUCUUUAAUUCUUCAAUUUCAUUACGCAAAACUUGAUUUUCCUUUCGUAGCUUGUCGUUAGCCGUCAUACUGAAUGAUUUCAGAAUUUGUAGGUUCAGGAUAAGAGAAGAAUUCGUGAAAUAAGAUCGGAGCACACAAAACACGUCUGCACAGCUCACUGCACAAGCGUGUCCACGAGUGUGCACGAGUUUUUCACCUCUUAACGUGAUAUCAGGAAAUAACUUUUAGGCUCCUGCUCUAGGCCAGGUUUAAAAGGGAAAAUAUUUUCCUGUACGUUAUCUUAACUUGCAAAUUUUUUGGUUGUUUGUUGCGCGUCUUCCCGGGGGGAGGGGGGGGGAGGGGGAGAGAAGAGCCUAAUGGCAUGUAAUGGGGAUGUGCCGCUAGAUGGGGUCGCAUUUUCACGACUGGAUUGACUUUAAUGGGAUCGCAUUUUCAACGGAGUUACUAGAAUGGGGUCGUACAUUUUCGGAUUAUCGGGGUAAGACAGUUCUUCAUAUUUAACAAUUAUUCGCCGAAGGCGAAGUUAAUAUUGUUGAAUAAUCCCCGAGACGAAGUCGAGGGGAUUAUUCAACAAUAUUAACUGAGCCUGAGGUGAAUAAUUGUUUGAGUAUAUUCACACGAAGUGAUCUGAACAGAAUCAUAAAGGAAACCAUUAAAAAACGGUCAGUUUUAUUGACGGUUGAAUAGCGUGAACACGAAGAAGUGAACACGAAGCCGUAAACAGUGGAUGCGCAAAAGUUAGAUCUUUACAGUAUCUUCAAAAAUGGCAAAUGAUAGUUUUAAUCUUUUUGUAUCGAGUUUUGUAAGCUUUAGCAUCGACGGUGUAAAAGAAAACGCCGAAAAUUUAUAUUACUACCCAAUUCUGAGAAGAAAAGUAGAGCUUUAUUUGUUUCUGUCAACUCACCGUGAAUGAGAAAGUUUUCUUUGUCGCUUCUUGCAAAUGCUGUCAAUAGCGGCUACGAUCAAGGUGAGCGUUGUUUAUCUCCAAUGUUUUUUGUUUUGUUAACUUGCUGGCACGUACAAUUUUCGAAAAUAUUUGCCUUCCUCUUUUCUCCAUAAAUUAACUUCUAUGGCAAAAUUGGUCUUGCAAGAAAAUCCCGAAAUCACAAAACAGUGACAAAGCGGCCUCGUUUUCCUCUGAGUGGUAAACAUAGCUUCGAGCGUACAAAAAGUCAGCUACAGUAAACCACUUCACAAUAGAUCACGCUGUUUAAACACCAUGAAGUCUUUUCUUGCCUUCAAAGUCAUCAGCACUUGGAUAUUCGUGUAUUUUCAAAAAGGCUUCACUAUGAAACUUUGGCAAAACACGACAGCGAUUUUAUUCUGCUUUAUAUUCACCGCCUAGCGUGGUGAAUAUAACGUCAUAGUCCGAGAUAGCGAACCAAUCAGAUUGCUUGGAUUACCAAGAUCACUGAGUGUGUAUAUACUAAUUACGGUUAGCAAACGUACCAGAAUGUUUAUACUGUAGGUGAAAAGUAAAGUGUUCUUCAUUCAAUUAAAAAAAACGGGUCAAUUCAUUUUAGGAUGACCUAAUUAAAGGAUUUAUAAGGUAGAUACAUAAUUAAAAAGUGACUAAGUUGGGAUCGCGAAAAUUACAUAUUUGCCCAAAAGUGACUAAGAUGGGGUCUAUAAUAGAGAGGAGAAGUGUGAUGUCACGUUACCACGGUAGCACUAUUUCUGGAUGAAAACAAAACCAACGACGACGGCGACGGCAAGGAGAACGGCAAAAAUGAAAUGUUCAUACUAACAAGCAACAACGUUGCACGUGAAUCACGCUAUUUUGUACAUUUCUUUGCCAUCAUUGCACCACUACGACAUGAAAUUUCCUUAUUUCACGAGCCCGCUUAAGUAAACACAACACAAAAAUUAUCGCUUUCUUUUUCUAAACUUAGGUAACGAUAGAUAUGGUCCCAAAGAAAAUUUCGCCAAGAUUGCCAAAUUAAAUGAAAUUGAAUAAGAUGGGUGAAGUUUGAAAUAGUGCGAAUAGACUUUCAAGUGACUUUAUCGGUUUGUUGUCAUCCAAAAAUUUUGCUACCAUGGCGACUUGACGUAAGGACUUCUCCUCUCUAUUGGCCACAGAACAGACUGUAAUGGGGUAGGGGCUCUGAGAGGCCAGCGGCACAUAGCCAGCACAAAUUAACCCAAGUAACCCCCCCGGACGCGUUUUCUACCCAGGCAACGGAUCACUAUCUCGUUACUCUACCCAUUUGGCUAACACCUACAGGCCUCACGCAGAGUUACGAUAAUGCUGUCUGAUUCUGCCAGGAAAAUACGGGGGUUAAAUACACAAAUUAUCCUGAGAUCUCCUGAGCCAUGUUUCCUAUUGUGAUAAGUGGUGUACGCCUUAGCACGAGUUUCUCGCCUCUGAACGUGAUAUCAGGAAAAAACUUUUGGGCUUGGCUCUAGGCCAGGUAUAAAACGGGAAAUAUUUUCCUGAAUGUUAUCGUAACUUGCAAAUUCUUUUGGUUGUUUGUUGCGUGUUUUCUACCCAGGUAACGGAUCAUUAUUUCGUUAGUUUACCCAUUUGGCUAACACCUACAGGCCUCACGCAGAGUUACGAUAAUGCUGUCUGAUUCUGCCAGGAAAAUACGGGGGUUAAAUACACAAAUUAUCCUGAGAUCUCCUGAGCCAUGUGUCCUAUUGUGAUAAGUGGUGUACGCCUUAGCACGAGUUGUUUGCCUCUUAACGUGAUAUCAGGAAAAAACUUUUAGGCUUGACUCUAGGCCAGGUAUAAAAGGGGAAAUAUUUUCCUACAUGUGAUCGUAACUUGCAAAUUCUUUUGGUUGUUUGUUGCGUGUUUUCUACCACGGUAACGGAUCAUUGUUUCGUUAAUUUACCCAUUUGGCUAACACCUACAGGCCUCACGCAGAGUUACGAUAAUGCUGUCUGAUUCUACCAGGAAAAUACGGGUUAAACACACAUAUUAUCCUGAGACCUCCUGAGCCAUGUUUCCUAUUGUGAUAAGUGGUGUACGCCUUAGCACGAGUUGUUUGCCUCUUAACGUGAUAUCAGGAAAAAACUUUUAGGCUUGGCUCUAGGCCAGGUAUGAAAGGGGAAAUAUUUUCCUACGUGUGAUCGUAACUUGCAAAUUCUUUUGGUUGUUUGUUGCGCGUUUUCUACCCAGAUAACGGAUCUGUGCUUAUGGGUGCAACACGUGAAAUAAAUAUAACUUGCAAAACAGUGUGUUUGCGUGAGAAGUCGCACCAUAAUGUUAAGCGGUGACUACUGAGCCUUUAGUUGCACAAUGAGACCAUAAUUGACUUGUGCAGUGCUAUUAAUACUUGUAAAUUAUUCUUCUUUUGUCUUACCUUCUAAGGUGGCUGGUUUUGUUAUAGCCCAGCGUCCUGUCGAAAAAGGAACAGGACAAUGAGAGAAUUGAUGACGUCAAACGGGUGGAAAACAACAAAGAGAGGUUAGCUAGAAGGUUGCUUGCUCUCUUACAGUCGUUCAAGAGGAGGAAACCGGAAAAAAUAGAAAGAAAAAAAGCAAAGAAAGAAACGGGGAUAGAUAGAUAGAAACCUUUAUUUCAAUAGGAUAACUCCUUCAGUUUUUGUAGAAGAUAAAAACUGCUAUCCAUAGAGGCCCAACAUAUAUGAUAACCUAAAUUGAAAAGAAAUAAUGGUGAUAAUUAAUUACAAUAACAAAUACAUAAUGGGAGGAAGUGACUCCUUGAGAGUGCUAGCCACGAUUUGCUUCAUUUAAUCCUUAUUGACCUUAUUCUAUUCAUACCCAAGUCAGUGGUCAGUUAUUGAGAUUUUCUAGUUUCGUAUUGCUACAUAGAGGCGAUGCACGGAAUUACUAGCAGUUUUUGCAGCCUUUGAGGCAGGCAAUUUGUUAUUCCCGGCUUCUUUUUCCUUUCUUACAUUUCAAUAUGAAGACAGACGGUUUUGAGCUUUAAGCUUGAUGUACUCAGGAUCACUUCUCUUAUUAUUUUCCUAACAGGAAUGGGAAUACUAUCACCUAAUCCACGUGAAAAUCCAAGCUGGUGGAAUGCCAAUCACGUGUAAGACUGAAAUCGAAAAUUACGUAAAUAAAUUAAUCCGAGGAAUUUACCAUAGGGUAAGUUCCCUGGGGACUCACUAUGUGGCACGGGGAAAGACCACUUAUAGAGGAUGAUUAAUCGUACGCAUCCACAGGAGCCGAUUAGUACCUGAUACUAGGAGAGGAGGAUGAGUGGUUGCUAGUAUGUUUUUAGUGGUCUACUGUUCGUUUUCAGUUUGUCAAUCUGUUACCAUAGUUAUUAGUUCCUUUCUCUACUUGUUAGUUUAAACCUUUAGCUCACUUUUAGAUUAAUUAGAUUAAAUACUAUUACUGUUAUUAUUCUUUAAUGGCUUAAUGCUACUGAUGUUGUUUUAUAUACAUUUUGAUUUUUAUUUAAUCUUUUGCAUAGUCUUUAAAUACUAUUGCCUAAUGUAAUAUUUUACUAAAUUAGAUUUUAAAAUUAGUUGUCCCCGAUUAGUGGGCAACAUGUAGCAGCUAGAAGAUGUGACACGUAAAUAAAGGUGUUCAGUUCAGUUGUUCAGUUGUUCAGAGGCACACAAUUUGGAGCCAAUAAGAUUACGCUCCUUUGGAAAACCCCUUGUUGACUAGUUUAUCUAAUCCAAACUAAAAGACACUUCAAUUAGUACAAGAAGUGCGGACAAGGAGCCAAUAAGAUUUCGCCCCUUUGGCACAACCCUUGACUAGCUUAUCUAGUCCAAACUAUAGGUUACUUUUAAAAGCCUGCAAAUUUGUUGUAAGUUUUAAGGAAGAUUCUGAUGUCGUUGAUCUUGUUGAUCGUUAGGUACGUACCCUAUUGUUCGAGUGACGUGUGGAGUGGAAAUGCUUCAAAGAGAGAAACAGGAGGUUAGGAUCGAUUUAUUCAGAUCCAAAUGAGAAAAAAAAGGAUUAGGCAAGCGUUCUUCCAAUUCAAAGAGGUUUCAUUUGAAUAGUAACACCAUAGCAUUUCGCCCACAGGCUCAAACGUCCUCAUCUUAACGUCAUCUAGAAUUGUAACGGUUAACCAUAGUUUACUGAAUGAACUCAGUGCUAAUGCACCAGUCAAUUCCAGGUGCGCCCAUCUUUUUCUUAUUAUUAAUUUUUUUUUGCAGGGCAAUUUUCAUUUCUUGGAACGAGGAUACUAGCAAGGGUCAUCGAAGAAUUGUUACCGGAAGGACUCUACCAUGCAAAGCACCUACUUCUUGCAGGCAGCAGGUGAAUUUUUAGUGAUUGGUAACAUCUUCCUUUAAACCAGCGGACUAAUAAAAAUUUGUGGCAAAAGAAAAAUUUCAUUUUCUUUUUUUCAUUAAAAAAGGACAAGAAAAAACGAAAGAAAGAUACAAAACACGGUAAUACUGCUUAAGAUUAUCAUACUGAGGGAUUCCGUUUACAAACCAAAACAUUUACACAAGUAAAUAAAAUAACGAUUUAGAGGCAGCACAUCCAUAAAGUGGUUCUUCAUCUACCUGAUUCCUGGUCGAAUUGGAAUUUGGUAAAGUUGUAUUUUUAGGAGAGGGGAAAACCGGAGUACCCGGAGGAAAACCUCUUGGAGCAAGGGAGAGAAGCAAUAACGUGUGGGUCGACGCGUGGAUUUCAGUGAAUCGGGGCCAAAUUGGCGGGAGGCGAGUGCUUUCAUCACUGUGCCACCCUUGCUUUCAAUUCCCUCCUUUACUCUGGUAAACAAUCAACCUAUCGACAUGUAAAAACAACGGCCGAACUAUUUCAGUUUUCAAUAGUCAUACAAACAGAUCAACCUGACGGUACGAUCCGGUGCAAGCCCGCCCAAUCUACUCAUUGUACGAACCGAACGUUUUUAUCUAACGAGCAGAAUGUUCUUGUCCUCAACAACUACAGUUCACUGGAGUUACCGAUGUCCUUACCUCGUUCUUUAAGCCAUGACCCGAGACAAGCCUGACCCUGCACAUGUAAUAUACCUAUCCUCGUUCUUCAAAUCAUGAUCGACACAAGCACGUUAAUUCCCCUAUGAAUAGAAAUGAGGAAUUCCAGUGGAAUGUAGUCGUUUAUUGGACAACGCUCGCCGUUUUGCCAGUGUUUUAGAGUAUUUUAAAGUGAAUGUGAAAAAAUUUUUUAAAAAAAUGAUUUGGGUCCUUAGAUAAGUUUAGUGAACAAUUUUGAACUCUAAAAAUGGGUUCCCCAAAAGAUUUCGUUUAAAAACUACUUUUCCCCUUCAGAAGUGUCCCUAAGACUGGGCUCGGAAAAAAAAAAGGCUGAUGAUGUGAUUUGAAGUCAGUUGAUCUUCUCAGCUUUUGCUUCCGAUACUGGUCAUUGCUUUGUUUUGUAAAAUUAAGCGAUGUACGUAUCUGAUUGUAACGAAGGUUUAGGGGCGUAAAUGAAGGUUUUGGAGAUGAUUGGGAAGUUGUCAACAGCGACAAUCCUUCUUAUUUGUUGUCAUCUUGUAAAUCAUUCUAAAUUUGUGCAAAUCGUUUGUACGUCAUAAUUGUCAAUUUUGAGGCAAAUUUGCGUGUUUUAAAGACGAAAAAAAAAAGGUUUUGCAGGAUUUUUGACGAGUUUUUGACAUUUCGGAACCAUAUUGCACACAUAUUGUAAACUAAAAUUCGUGUCAUAUACACUGUAAUAUUGGGCUUCUCGUGUUUCAGUGCCGGUGGAGUCGGCGUAAUCCUCAAUUUAGAUAGGCUAGCCUUGAGACUCAAGAUGGCUGGAUCCAAAGUUAAAGUCCGAGGACUGGCCGAUUCUGGAUGGUUCCUAGCAGGCGCAGAAUUACCGAGGACAUCUGCAGCCAUUAGAAACGGCAUGAAGUAAGUGAUUACACUGUUCGCCGCUUUGUAAUUUACGCAAAACUUAGCUUGCUGGCAUUUACACCGGCUGCAAAAAAGGGACUGAAAAGGAGGGCAAAAAUCUUCCUGGUUUUUAAGGGUGUUCGUCAGAGAAACUCUAGGUUCAUCGCCCAGUUAUUCGCCAGUUUAGAAACGAGUAGGGAAUCGAACAGCAGCGGAAAUGCGUGCAAUUGUUUCUUGGAUUAUUACUGGGUAGGCGCCGAUCAGAUAUUAGGGAGCUCAAGCAAAGGCGUCUUUGAGAGACGCAAAUCAACCGGAAGUGAGGACUUUUCCCUUUUAAUAUGCCUUAACGCUAUAAAGUUUGUAUUGCUAAGAUUCUUUGUACUUGUAGAGACGAUUUAACCCUUUCACUGCCAAAUGUGGCCAAAGGCAAAUUUCAAAUUUCAUGUUCUAAAAUUUGGACAAACAAAUAGCCCCAUGUUAAAGUACAGGCAGAUAGCUUUCAUUUGAAUGGUCUCAUCAUAGGAUUUCGUCCUCAGACUCAAAAGUUAGAGUCACCUUACAAAACUCCAUCAAACAAUCUGGCAGUGAAAGGGUUAACUGAAUAUUUUGGCAAAACCACUGCUCAGGAAUGUAAAAAGUCCACUUCCGGUUGACGUGUGUCGCUCAAAAACGCCUUUGCUUGUAAGUUCUCUAUUGGCAAAUUUCUCCCCUGUCGCUAGUGACAGUCCCUGAAGACUUUGCAAAAGUUAACUUGGUCCAGUUUCUUCCUUGUUUCUGAAGUGGUGAAUAAAUAGGGGUCAAUUUACAGUCAACUCAGGUCAAGCGUACCCCCGAAGAUUCCAUUUAUGAAUUUAUUAUUCGAAAGUUGAAUCCGUUGUUAGUUGUAGGAUUCAGAUUCAUUCUUGCAUUCUUGCAUGCGUAAUGAGCCGUGAAUUCACACGCAAGGCAGUUAUGAAUUUGUCUACCAGCUCAGUUUCCUUGAAUUUGAUGUAAAUGUCUUCGGAGUAAUUUUAUCCAUUCAAAGAUUUUCAAUCUGACCAAGUACAGAGAAGCUCUCGUAAAAUAUUCACUGCUUAUUACGCAUGCAGGAAUGCCGAUUUGCCGUAGUUAAGGGAACGCCCAACGGAUUCAUUUUUGAAAUAAUCAAUUCAUUAAUAGAAUCUUAGGGGGAACACUUGACCUGCCUUGACUGUAAUAAAUUUUUUACAAGUGUAACUUACUAGUGUAGCUAGUAAAAUGGCGCACUGUAAGCUUCAUUUGCCCAAUGCAAGGGUCAAGGCAGUUAUCCUGUAACUACAGCGCUGUAUACCAUUAACUAAGACAAGCAAGCAGCGGGACUGGGCGAUCAAGUGUGAGAGCUUCUUGUCCAAAAAACAAUCUGGAAUUCAAGCUUUUCACGAACUCUGAUCAACCACUCUAAGCCGAGGACGUUGCGCGUGUCAAAGAGUACCUACUAUAUUCCUAUAAUCUGGUUCCUCCUUUUCUUCCUGGUGUCAAAUGACCUUUCUUUGUUAGAAAAUGUUUUUGAAUGUUUUAGUUACUGGCGUGGUAUUGUACCGACUGAUUGUGCAAGGCGCAAUCCACUCAAGAAAUGGAAGUGUUACUUUGGAGAGCAUGUGUACAAAACGGACAGCGCCUCACCCAAGCACGGUAAGAUUUCCCUGAACCCACCGCCGCUCUAUAUUUGUAGAAAAAAAAUAAGAGGCGGUAUAGCAAGUUGGUGGGAACAACAAGACCGAGCAAGAGAUCAUAAUGAUAGUCUUCCGAAAGUCAUGGAACCACUUUACCUGAAACUGUUUCCGCAUGGUCCGCAUAGUUUCUAAAAAUAACUUUUCUGAAAUUAAGAUAUCCCAAAGGCAUGCCUGGGAGACUCCCGCUCUGUCCUUUCAUGAUCUCUUGGACAGAGUAAAGAAUUCAUUUUCCAGGUGCAAGCAUGAUCAGGGAUUUUUUUAAACCGGUUUACACAGUGUGAAACUUAAAAAUGCCGGUCUGAUGUUUUAUUCGACCUCUUCCGGCUACCCGUCAUUAGCCAGACAAUUCUUAACUUUUAGCUAAACAAGGCUACUCGGACGGAAUCUUUACUGAUGCGUUAGUAUACUCUAGUUGUUAACUGCCAAGACCCUUUUUUGGUGUCUAGUGAUUAUAAAGGGAAAUCUUUGAAAGGUGGUAUGCCACGAGGGUAGCUGUUAAAUUUAUAUUCUGUGCUAAAAGUUAUUACUUGGUGCUUUACCAAGAAGAAUAUGCCAAACAAAUCUCAUCAGGGAACACUAACCAUAAUACGUUUUGUGGAUUUUUGUAGGCAUAGCCUUGAAACUUGAAAAAGUUUGGCCCAAUUUUGUUGAGAGUCAAUCCUUAUAUUCAUUCUUUCUAUCCGUAGCAACAGACGACAGGAAACAGUUUCAAUGCCUAGAUAUAGUCUUUUAUAGAAUAACUAAGAUAGUACGCGCGUUCUGAUUGGUUAAAAAACUAAGGUUUACUGUGCCGGUAAGCUCAUAGAAAACUGAAACGACUCCGUUUUUCGUAGAGUUAUUUUAUAAACGCAAUAGACCACACUUUCUAGGGGUCUACCGGCAUAAUAACGUGAUUUACAAGCUUUUUGAGUGUUCUCCCAAAAUCUUGCGUGGGUUAUCACUCCGGUAAACCCAUAGAAAGUGUGGUCUAUUGCUUAAAAAUAACAAGACUGCACCAUUAUUUUAGUAAUUCAAUUGAUACAAAGACACGUUUUUAAUAGCUUUUUAAAAUAAUAGCAAAUAGCUUGACAUAGCCCCUUCAACUAGUUACUGAGUAGAGUUAUACGCCAUUGACAGCCUCAGUCGAGUUUAUAAUUUUUCUCAAUUGUUGUGUUUUUGUUUUUUAACAGCUCCCCUGUUCGUUUUCCAGUGGUUGUAUGAUAAAGAACAAUUAGGUUGGGUUUGGCAGGGAAUUACCCGAGUGAAAGAUAGGGCUAAAAUCGCUAUUAAGCUCGGAAAAAAGAUGAAUGAGUCACUUUCUAACACCGACGGGCUAGCUUGGUGAGUUUCAUUCUCGUACACACUUUAAGUAGGUCCAUUAUGAAAACUAGCGGGUAACUGGUAAUAAAGUUUCUAUCUUGGUUAAAUAAAGUCUCUUCUUCCUUAACAAUCGUUGAUGCUCCCACGUUUAUCAGGUGAAUUCAUGCUGUGAUUGUAUUUGAUAAAACGUUCAAGUCCGGUGAUAAAAUAUUUGAAUCGUCAACUCAUUUGCGUUUAUUCAACACUUGUGUUUGACAAAAAUAACGUUUUGGCGAAUUUAGUGGCGGCCACUUUUAGUCAACUCGUUCACACAAAUACUUAUAUCUGGAGGCAAGUGCGGAAAAAUACUUCCACAGACACUAACUUCGCCCUAGUUUGAAGUCUUUUUGUAGCGUGUAAUGGAUUUGGCAGCAUUUGCCAUUACGUCAAAAUCGCUAUUGUCAUUUUUUUUGUACAGGAGGCAAAGCUUUUAGCAAUUUUUCUUUUUGCUUUCGUUAAUUUGUUUUCUUUAACCAAUUUUUUUUUCUUGCUAGUGCUGUGUUUGCUCCUUCGUGUGUCUCGCACACUAUCCUUACACGAAAGUAAGUAUCUUUAAAUCAUAGAAGCAAUAACUAGGAGCCAUGCUCUAUCAGUAACAGAAGCAUAUAUGCUUUUGUCUGUAAGUGCUAUAAGAAAGAUUUGUGAUCGGUGCUGGUUCAUAGAGUUAGUCACGUGAUCAUAAAUCCCCUUUUUAUACCUGAAAUUAUCGGACUCUGUUGGCAUCGCCAUUCAGCAGUCUUGGACUAAUGAUCUUUCGUGUUUUAGAUACUGUUGAACAGGUGUCGGUAAAGGUGACAGAGAAACACAGUGUUGUUUGGCUUCUGACAUUUCGCAGGGUCGCCUUAUGUCGGCAGUGUUUUCAGACUAGAUCUUCGGCCGUAAUUUACAGGUUGAAAGGGCUCGUCUAUCGUUUAUCUCACGGUAGUCAUAUUGUUAUUGAUCGUGUCGUUUCGACCGGAUACUGCUGUCUCCAUCAGGCGAUGGUGUAGAAAGCAUCGGUUAUCUGUAAGACAAUUGAAAGUAGUAUUAUCCUCGGUUUUUGUAUCCUACGGAUAUAUAUCCCUAUCAGUUUAUAACAACGUCAUGAUCCAAAACCCAGGAACCACGCAUCGACAUGAACAGGGACGCGUAAUCGAAAAAAAAAAGCAUUUUAUUUGAGUGUCAAUAUAUUUAGCAGGAAAGUACUAAUUGGUGACACUAUUUUUACGUCUCCUACUUGAGACGGGACCGCCAUUUUACGUGGUCAUCUGAGCCACGCGAAGGUCUACUCGUUUGCAGGGUAAAGGCAGUACCAUCAUUUCUCAGUUAUUUUAAGACCCUGAGUAUUGGUCCGGCUCCGGGAAUUGAACCCGCGACCUCUCGCUCUGCAGUCAAGCGGUCUACCGACUGAGCCAAUCUACCACGGCUAGCCCCAUCAAUAAUCAAUUGAAUGGUUAUCUGAAGCUCUUCUUCAUUGCCUACAACAAUAUUGAAUGUGCUGGGCCAUAUUCAGAUCCGGUAUAACACUUGUAUCGAACUUCGGGCGACCUAAGGAUAGAACUAGGUGGUGUAGUUUAUAAGAUUCGUUAUAAGUUUUAAUUGGCAAAACGGACAGAUGCUUGAAUGGGUUAAAGAACGUGACAGGGGCAUUAGACUUUCACAAACUUAACCUGCGAAUACAGCCGUCUCUCGUCAGGCUAUCACAAACUUAGACUUCAACCGCAUCCGAACAGGCAAAUAAGACAUGUCACUAUCCGCUCUGGCACGACAUCAAGUUUAUUGACCUAGGUAAAAGAGAAUUCUCAUACGACGUUGCUCUAACAACAUCAACAGAGGCAAUGAAAUUGAAAUUCAAGAAGAGUGGAUACCCACGAUCAGACAGCACAGCUGUCGAUCGGUGCCACAGUAGACCGUCGAGGACAAUGGAAUUGAGACAUCCAGAAGCGUGGAUGUCCAUGAUCAAAUAGAACCGCAGCCGAUCGGUGCUACAGAGCAGACCGCUGAGGGAACAGAUUCUAUUCGUUUCGACAUCAAUAGAGACAAGGGAUAUGAGCGAGUCCAGAAGGGUGGAUGCCCACGAUCAAACAGCACUGCAGCCGGUCAGUAUGACAACGGACCACUGAGGGAACAGCUUCUUACACUACAAUGCUUACAAAGCCCAGUAUCGAUACAACCAACAGUGAGUGAUAUUCGCAAUGCACAAAACUACGGUACCACUAAUAGUCCGACAUUAUCGUCUUAUGAAGAUGAAGACCAACAGUACGCAGUUUAAAUGCCGCUAUCAACUGUGAGAUAAACGAUAAGCGAGUUCGACAAUACACAAAUAACGAUGAACAUAAUUUUUCAUUUAAUUUGUAAAUUUGUUCAGCAUUAUGUAAUCCCUUUGUCGUUGUUGUUAUUUCUUUACAGUGAUUGGCUGAAAGUCAGAGUGAGUGGAAGAAACCUGGACGACGCUCUUAACGCAUGGUAUCGGCAUCGGUCCUCCGACCCAAACACGGACAGUUGCAAGACCCUCAUUGAAAAUAAUUGUUACUACCCGCAAUGCGAUAAAACGUGCCCGAAAAUCCCUAUUGCACGAUCAAAAAAGUCUACUAUUAAUUCGCCUGGAAUGCCCGUUAAACCGGAUUCUAGGAACAAAGCUCAUAAUCCGCUAAGAAGACGAAGAUCUCGCAGUUAAGAGAUAAUUUCAAGAAACUCUAAGACUAGCCUCCAACGCAGUUCGUCACGCGUGCCUCCCCUACGAGUUCGUCACGUGUUCUUCCCCCGGGAGCGUCCUUUGCGGGGAGGACCACUGACCCAUCUGCGUUGGAGGCUGCUUGGUGACGAAAUUUGUGCAAGUUUUGCGUAUUAAUUAAGCAGAUUGAAAAACAGAGGAAACUUCAACUCUAUAGAUUAAUAUGAUAGGAAGUAACAGAACAGAUAUGCUUCAUGUUAAUAAACUGUCUUAGGAUUUUACAAAAGUGAUGUCAGCCCGUAUUUUUGUUAUAUACAGGGCAUCAUUC